UAUUUAUUUCCUUCUUUCUGGCAACAACAACCACCAAACCAGCACAGCCUUAUUACUCCUCCCAAUAAACUUCCCCCCUCUUCUCUUAUCCCAAAAUUUCUCUUGGUAUUCUCGAUGCUCGCUUUUCAGUCCCGGUUCCAAUCUUCUCUCCCAAGAUCUAGCGGUUUUCCGUCAACGACAACGGAUUAAGAGAAACAACGAAAUACGCCUCAAAUUAGGGUUUAUUGCUUCUAAUUGAGGCGUUGAAGCCGAUCCGUUGCAGGGUACAGAAGCGAUGAAACAUACGAAGAGAAAGAAGAAGCGCCCCUCCUCUCGUAACGCCAAGCCUGUCGGUACGGACGCGGCUCGUGACAAACAAGAAGAGGGAAACGGACAACAAGGGAGGAAAGAGCUUGGAAAGUUGGUUGAGGCAUUCGGUUCUGUAUCUGUUGGAGAGGUUGUCAAUCGUGGUAAAGCUGUAGAAGGUCAUGUUAACGCUGCAGCUGAAAUAUGGGGUAAUUUUUUGGACAGUUCAGACGAUCCGUCCACGAGUUCGGUCUCGGGCUCUUCUACCUCAGGGUUUGACUCAGCCUUCUGGUCGGGGUCGGGGUCGGGGUCGUGGACAGGCUCCAGCGAGGGUUUUAUGGAGUCUGGUUGCUUGCUGGAUGUGGUGAGUAAUGGGAAGGGCGGUAGGAAACAGAAGAGAGUCGCGGCAACAGGAACAGUGUCAACAGUUUUGGGGAAGGAUUAUGUUGGAGCGAGCCCAAGACGGAGGUGGAAGGAGGUUGGGAAUGAUAAUGCGAGUCAGGGGAAAGAGGAAGCUGCGCAAUUUUUGUACUCGAUGCUCGACAAUGACUGCCAACUCAGCAUGGCUGUUGUUAGAGAUGUGUUGUGUCAAUGUGGAUAUAAUGUUGAAAAGGCAUUAGAUGUAUUGCUUGAUUUAUCUGCUCCCGCUUGUGAGCGGUCUAGUGGUAGUAAAUCCACCAACGAUACUCUGAAUCUGAACUAUAAAGAAAAUACCAGGUCCUUCAUUAAGCGCAGUGAUAAUUUGACAGCUAGGACAUCUGGUUGCACUUCCCAUUCAUCUGAAAGUGAAUUUCAGGAUGGUUUCAGGAAUUAUUGGAAGGUCCUUACUAGCACCGAAGCUCCACCUCCAUCUAGCCUGAGAAGUGAUGUGUCGGACCUCCCUCAAAGCAUAUUGGAAUCUUUGUUUAACAUCUCUAAGUCUAAGAGUGCUGAACAUGCACCGAGCACCAUGAAUUGGAGGAAUGUAGUGAAGAAAGUGCAAUCACUGGGACCUGAGAUGUUUGUUUGUCCAUCUAGUGUUGCAGUAUCUCAGCAGGAAACAUAUGCUAAAGGAGAUGAGUAUCAGGUGCUACGAAAGGAUGCAAAGCAACAUUGGGAUUCAAUGAGAUCCUGUUAUCAAAAAGCGGCGACAGCAUAUUCAGAUGGACAAAGGGGAUAUGCGGCUUACCUCUCUGACCAGGGCAAGUUACAGACUAAAUUGGCUCGGAAGGCAGAUGAAAGAGCGAGCCAAGAUAUAUUUGAAGCUAGAAAUAAGGGCAUAGAAAAUGUGAUAACAAUUGAUUUGCAUGGGCAACAUGUCAAGCAAGCAAUGAAACUUUUGAAACUUCACCUCGUGUUUGGAGCAUAUGUGCCCUCGGUAAAAGCUCUCAGGGUCAUCACAGGAUGUGGAUCUCAUGGCUUGGGCAAGUCAAAAGUCAAACAAUCGGUCGUUAAGCUUCUGGAAAAUGAAGGUAUGAAAUGGAGUGAAGAGAAUCAAGGAACUGUUCUAGUUACUGUAGGUGGAUACAGAGAAUUUAGUUUUCUGGAUUCAGAGAGCGACUCUGAAUGAUCACAAUGAAAGAAAACCCGGGGGGGGGGGGGGGGGGGG